AUGGUUUUAUCCCCAUCAUUGAAUAUUUUCCUCGUCCUUUUGCUUGCCUCUAUAGCCAAAGUAGAUAGUUUCACCUAUUGCUUUGACCUUUUUUUUACCAAACCUUUUUACGAUAGCUCAAAUGUCAAGGUGAAACAAGAUGAUAGUCAUUUUGCUAGCACAGACCCUGUUCAAGCCAAUGCCGAUGUGGAGCCAAAUAUUAGUUGUUCAUCAGUCAUAUGGGCAGCUUCUCAUGGAGAUGACUCAUAG